UAAAGACUGUCAUCCCUGAAGAAACAAUAAAGACUGUCAUCCCUGAAGAAACAAUAAAGACUGUCAUCCCUGAAGAAACAACAAAGACUGUCGUCCCUGAGGAAACAACCAAGACUGUCAUCCCUGAGGAAACAAUAAACACUGUCGUCCCUGAGGAAACAACCAAGACUGUCAUCCCUGAGGAAAAAACCAAGACUGUCAUCGAUGAGGAAACAACCAAGACUGACCUCCCUGAGGAAACAACCAAGACUGUCGUCCCUGAGGAAACAACCAAGACUGUCGUCCCUGAGGAAACAACCAAGACUGUCGUCCCUGAGGAAACAACCAAGACUGUCAUCCCUGAGGAAACAACCAAGACUGACCUCCCUGAGGAAACAACCAAGACUGUCAUCGAUGAGGAAACAAUCAAGACUGACCUCCCUGAGGAAACAACAAAGACCGACCUCCCUGAGGAAACAAGCAAGACUGUUCUCCCUGAGGAAACAACCGAGACUGUCUUCCCUGAGGAAACAACCGAGACUGUCGUCCGUGAGGAAACAACCAAGACUGUCGUCCCUGAGGAAACAACCAAGACUGUCGUCCCUGAGGAAACAACCAAGACUGUCGUCCCUGAGGAAACAACCAAGACUGUCGUCCCUGAGGAAACAACCAAGACUGUCGUCCCUGAGGAAACAACCAAGACUGUCGUCCCUGAGGAAACAACCAAGACUGUCAUCCCUCAGGAAAAGAUCUUACCAAGAGAGAACAGUACCCUAGUGGUUCUCCCACCAGCCAACGAAGCUCCAGGUGUAGCAGAGGAAACUACACCAGGAACAUCAACAGUGGGACCUACCGAGGAGGCAACCACCCGGUCCACAACACGAUCUCCUAAGUAUGUAGUUGAAACCAACAAUGGAAACUUUCCGGAUGUACCAGUCCGGCCCUACGUAGAACAAGACAUCUUUUUGGGGAACAGUGACUUUGUGGUGGAGGAAGAGGAGGAUAACUCGAUUGGUAAUGAGAUAGACGACACGCUGCUGCGACCCCUGCGGCCCCUGAAGGAGUUUGUGGUGGAGCAGCGGAUCAAACUGAAGGGAGAAACCUACAGCAACGCUCUGAGAGACCCCAGCAGCUUCCAGUACCAGCAGCUGGCCAACCAGUUCAAACGCAAGGUUGAAGACGCCUUCGACAGGCUGCCAGGCUUCAGGAGCCUUGACAUAAUUGAAUUCAGGCCUCAGAAGGACCUGCAGCGGGGUCUGGUGGUGCAGGUCCACUACGCCAUCACUCUGGAUCUGGAGGUGGACAGCGGUGGCAUCUCCAGCGACACUCUGGACUUCAUCACUCUGCAGAACAACCAGGUGGAGCGGAGCUACAUUGGAUCCGCUGAACAGCCCACCAUCAUCUACACUAUCACUGAUUUCCGUAACUACAUCACUGAAGCUCUGCACAAAGACAACGUCCUGACCAACGGCAGCCUGGAAAAUGCAGGGAACGUUCCUCCUGUGAGACCUACAAGUAAACCGGAUGAAGCUUACAACAACAUGGAUAACAUACUGGCUGCAGAGAAACCUCCCGAUGCGCCGAUCCAUGAGCCAGACACCAGCGAGGUUUUCCUGAAGAAGGAGGACUUCCUGUUUGACACCAGGGACCAGUGGAAAGGUCCACACAGUGAGGAAGCCAGUGAAAACGACGUCUUCUUAUUCGAUGAAAGUACAACAUCUCCACAGACUGUUAAAGGCCAAAAGACAGUUGAUCUGGAGCCGAUAACUAAAGAUGAUGGUGGAAACAUUGAAGGUGAGGGAUUCCUGCUCACUACGCCUCCCAGCGCUGUGGAUGACCACCAGGUGGAAAACCAAACGGUGGUUCCUGAAGGUUCUCCUGCAGUCACUGUACCUCCAAAACCCUCUGAGGUCACGUCUGAUCAUGGAUCUGGAUCCGGUUUCUCUGGAGAUUAUCAGGAUUCUUAUCUGUGGUCUUGGGAGGCUUCAGAAACAUCUGACGUCACUUAUGACCGGGGGGUCGAUAGCCAUGAAGUCCUACCACCACCUGACCUGGAGAUGGAUACAGAUGAUGCUGCUGUGGAACCAGCAACUUCUAAAACCGAUGAUGUUUUACUGGAGACAACCUCCAUGUUUGAUUACUCUCACACACAGAAACCUCUGGAUGAUGUCCUGGUGAUGCCUCUGAGUACAGACCCACCAGACUUUACCACUCCUCAAGUUCUUCUACCUUCGACUGAGGCAGCCAUGACGGUGGACCUUUCUGUUCAAAUGGUGGAAGCAUCUGGUUUCCAUGACGACUUUUAUCUGGUUGAGCCUCAGUCCCUAACAGUUACAUCCUCUCCUGAACCUAAAACCUGGACUCCAGCUGAUUCUGGCAUCAGGCAUCAAGAGGCCACUGAAAACCUGGAGGAAGAGAUUUUAGGGGUCACUGUCUCAGAUAUCCUAAUGAUGAAAGGUGAAGAGGUUAUUGUUCUUGAUUUACCAGAAACUCAGACUGAAGCUCCUCUCACUCUGGACCUGCCUACAUUUGUUGAAGUGCAGGCGGUCACAGUCGGUGAACUCAGCGGUGAAACAGCUGCUGGUCCAGAACAGCCUCAGGUCCUGGCUGACAAAUCUGAGCCGCCGCUCCCAGAAACAAGAGCACCCAGUGAGAUUGAGAUUUUGGAGGAGCAGCAUUUAGGAACCACUCAGUCCCCCACGACAGUACCUUCCACUGAAGGUCUGGACCAGGACCUGGCUGUGGAUGAAGUCAUUGCUGUCACUACAACCACAGCAGCUCCAGUCCCAACUUCACCCCCAGCCCUGGAGCAGAGCGUUGCACUGUCCCCUGAAAAGGAGUCGCCUUUCACUCGAGUAUCUGACUCGGUGCCAGAAGAUGAGGAUCUCUUUCACCACGAAGAGGUCACUGAUGUUUCCACAAGCUCCACUUCUUCAGACGUUUUUCAGUCGACACCAGGAGAAAAGACUCCAACUGAUUCUGGACGGGGAUCACUGGAUGCUUCAGAGCAGCACAUGGAGACAACUGAACCUUCAGGAGAGGAAGCAGGACCUCCUACAACGAUAAAUGAACCUUCUGAGGGAAUUGUAAAACCUUUGGAUGAGGAAGAAGCAUCUUUUAAACCUGAAGAACCUCCAAAAGACAAAGCAGACCCUCUGGAGGAUGCCAGAGUCAAACCACAUGUAGAAUCCUCAGAAACUGAAACUGUGACAGUGAAGAGUGAAGCUUCUGGUGGAGAAAAGCAAACUCCUCUGGAGGACUUAGAGUCGACAUCACUGGGAGAACAACCUGGAGAAGACCCUGACUCUCCAAAAGGAGAAGGUGUGGAAGUGCAACCAUCAGGACAAGAACUGGAAACCUCUAGACCUGAAGGAGAACCUUUAGGAGGCAAAUUAGAACCUGCUGGAGAACAAAAAGAACAUUUUGGGGGAGAAGUAGAAGCUUUAGGGGAACCUGAACUUGCAGAAAUAAAAGUAGAACCUUCUGGAGAAGGAGAAGUAACUCCAGAGGUGAAAAUUCAACCUUCUGGAAAAGGAACUGAGCCUCCAGUUGUGCCUGUAGAGCCUGCUGAAGGACAUUCUGAAGAGGUGCAAAGGUCACCUUCUGCAGGAGGACAAGUAAAACCUUUAGAAGAGCAAGGAGAACAUUUUGGAAAGGAAGUGGCUCCUUCACAUGGGAAAGUGGAACCAGAACCUUCCAGAGAAGUAGUCAGCGGUCUCCUUCCAACACCGUCUUCCUCAAAGCCCAACGUUAACGACAGUUCUUCUGUCAUCAACCUGGACUAUGACUUCUCUGACAUGCCGAGUAUCGAUGUGAGCAUCGACCUGUUCCAGUACGGCUCUGGGGAAGCCGAUGGGGAAAGCAGUGGCUUCUCCAGUGAAGCUCGGGGUUCAGACCUAGAAGCUUUUCCUUUACCAGGCCGGCCGGGCAGAGCUCUGACAGUGUUCUUCAGCCUGAGGGUCACCAACAUGGCGUUCUCCAGGAACCUCUUCAACAAAAGCUCCUCAGAGUACAAAUCUCUAGAACAGCAAUUCAUACAGCUGCUGGUCCCGUACCUUCAGUCCAACCUGAACAACUUCCAGAACCUGGAGAUCCUGAACUUCAGAAACGGCAGCAUUGUUGUAAACAGCAGAAUGCGUUUUGGCAAACCGGUUCCCAAAGAGGUCACCAACAUCAUCUACCUGAUUCUGGAGGACUUUGCCAACACGGCGUACCACACCAUGAACCUGGCCAUUGACAAGUACUCACUGGACGUUGAAUCAGGUGACCGGGCGGAUCCCUGCAAGUUCCAGGCCUGUAAUGAGUUUUCCAAGUGCAUGGUGAACCAGUGGUCAGGAGAGGCAGAGUGUGUGUGUGAUCCUGGAUAUUUGAGCAUCGACGGCCUGCCGUGUCAGAGCGUCUGUGACGCUCAGCACAACUUCUGCCUCAACGAUGGCAAAUGUGACAUCAUCCCUGGCAAGGGCGCCAUCUGCAGGUGUCGUGUUGGGGAGAACUGGUGGUACCGCGGUGAGCACUGUGAGGAGUAUGUCUCUGAGCCGCUGGUGGUCGGCAUCGCCAUCGCCUCGGUGGUCGGCUUCCUGUUGGUGGCUGGAGGAAUCAUCUUCUUCCUGGCCAGAACCCUCAGAGAGCAGUAUGACGGUGAAGACACGGAGGAUCCACUCAGGCGCCAUGAAAGCCUUCCAACUUUGGAGCGAGCCACGAAGUUCAACCCGAUGUUUGAGAGCGACCCGGUCUCUGCUCAGUACUACCGGCGCUACGAUGACAGCCUGCCCCAGUACCACCAGUGCUGCGAUUCCUCCCUGAACCAGUGCUGCUCCAAAGAACUGACCAGUGAAGAAAUACAGAGCAUCUGCCAGAACACGGCUCUCUCCAAAGAGGAGAUCCAGGAGCGUCUCAGAAUAAUCGAGUUGUGCUCCAGAGAUCAGCGCUUUGCAGACUUUGUCCGGCAAACGCAAGUAUUCCUGGAGAGGAGAGGAAGCUCCACAACGUAGCGUCCAGGCAGCCACAGACCUCCAGAAACCAGCACUACGUCUGUAACUGGAGGAGGAAGACCAGUCUAUCAUAAUGCUGCUGUUCGUUGAGCUGGAGGUGACCAGAUGCUGACAGAUGUUGGAGUUUAUUUUUUCGCCCUGAAGUGAACUUGAUUUUUGAUUCCGUUCUGUGUUUUUGUAUCCUGACGUCUUGUUUUGAAGGAACACUUUGAUUUCUGAUCUUUGAUCGCUGGACAUUACCUCUGUCUUACACAUUCUGCCAGAUUUCGUCACCAGCUUGGAUCGAAGGGUUUCUGGUUGCAUCCUGACCUCCUGGUCGCCACCCAGGCUUGUCUGAGGUGUAAUCCCAGACGCCGGUGACCGGCAGCGUUUCUCCCUCUGGUGCCUUCACUGUUCUGUUAGCUCUUCUGGGAUGUGAUGCAAACAGAGCCCUUGAUCAAAGCAAUUUUGACAUAAAUCCACAACACCAAACAUCAUCAACCUCCUGCUUUUUCUACUGCUUUCUCAUCACUGAUGUUUACAUUUCUGUACUAGAGGUAGAGCUUAAUUCUGACUCCAUGAAAUGAUGAAUAUGUCUAGUUUGUGUUUUCUAAGACUUUGGCUGCUUCUCAUUAGAGCGAGGCGGAUCCAACCUUUCCCUUCAGUUUCAUUAAUGUGUUUAUUUUGUGGAUCUGAAACAUCUGGAUCUUGUAGAACAAAUGAUUUGGACAAAAGACAACUUUUAGUUCUUCAGCGAUACUCUGGUACCUGAUUACCGAGCAAACAAAGCACCAACACAACAACAUGGGUCCAAUCGAGCUGAGGUUGCUCUAAUGUCAGCCUCCUGCAAAAGGUACUAACCAGUUGAUGUAAUCGCUAAAUGUUCAAGUUAUUUACCGAGUUAUUCUCUGACGAAAUGUUGUGACCCUGCAACAAAAUCAUUUGUUGUUUCAGUGAGACUCUAUGAAACAACUUUCUGCUUUCAACCUCAUCUGUCAUGAUCUGGUUCUGUUACGGUAUUUUCUUGAUCCAGUUCUGAAGAUCAGCUGGCUUUAUUUCUUUGUUUCUGUACCCCAACUACCAGCCGCAUUGUUUCACAUUUAUUCAUGUUUUCUGCUCUCUGAAGUUCCCACUAUGCUGUUUUUAUGAUAAACUAUUUUCUAAUCUUGAGAAAAGCUUCUACUUCAUCCCCAGAACGUUGUGUCUAAUUACUGAAAAUACAGACCUGAACGUUGAAGCAGCAUAACAGCUAGCUUAGUGCUAACAGAGACCAGGAACAAGUUUUAUCUUAAUUUCCUUCCUAAAUGUUUAUCAUGAUGUUUUAAAAAGCCGUCUCUUUAACUUCCUCCGGCUCCUCAGACGGUUUAACGUUUGAAUGUUGACGCUCUUGGCCCUCGUGUCUGUCGCUGUGGUUUGUAUCGUGUGUUUUUAUGCCGGUUUGUCUGAUUUUUAGUCUAAAGCUGUAAUGUAAGCGUGGGAGGUGGCGCACUUUUUAAAAUAAAAUGCUGACAUUUUUUUUACAC